AUGUCCUCGGACUCGAACGUAGCAUCGCCGGCGCGCAAAAAUCCGCGGCGGAGGUGGUGGGAUAGUGGAAUCGUUUCCGGUUCCAAAAAGAAGGUCACCGUCGCUCUGAUGGGCCGUCGAAACAACAAGACGGCCGCCUCCUACGACAACAACACCAACCCGGCGGGAAUCCGCACCGCCACCGUUACAGUCGCCCCCAGCAGCGAUUUCCGCGGGAAAUUCACCAGUAUGGGUCUCGCAGUCGUGGAUUCGAAAUUAUACGCUUUCGGUGGUCGCGAAUUUAACACCUCUCCCAAUGGAAACGACGAUUCUGAUUCUGAUGGCGUCUCAGGCCUCUCUGCCCCUUGUGAGGUUUUGAACCUCAACGAUCUCUCCACCCAAACCCUCGAUCCGCCAUUGGAGAUGUGGGAUCCCCAAUUGAUCCUAAGGUACGAUACGCUUCCGGAUUACCUGGGCCAUGUAGUUGUGGGGGAUGAAUUGAUUGUCUAUAUGCACACUUUUGUUGGCUCCUCUGUUUUUGCUCUGCACAUGGAACAGCUGAAGUGGCGUCGAAUCAUGACUGAGUAUGCUGAUCAUGAUGACAUCUCGCCUAUGGUGCCCAACCUGCUGCUGAUGAUGUACCCGUGGGAUCGGCUUCCCGAGGCGUUCUGCUCGAAUCUCGUUCACAACGGUGCCGGAUCAUCCCCCGUUCGAGAUGGUGGUGGUGAUGUCUACUGCCUCGUUCUCUGGUGGGGAGUUAAUACGUGGGAACUGAGGAGCCAGUUCAAGGUUUGCAAGUUUAGAUUGGUUGACGAUGAUGGUGGUUGUGAGAUCUUGGACACGGUGGAGGAUUUCAGUGCUUUUUCACAGGAUUUUGCUUCCUCUCGUGUCACGGCCUUUACUACCACCAGCUAUAUAGGUCUGUAA